AUUGAAGACGCAGCAAUGAAGAUUCCUACUUUUAUUUGGAUUGGUUGAAUUUCUUUCCUGUCAUGGCAAAGUAUUUACCGGAUAUGAAAAGACUUAUGGAUAGGAAAGUUUCUGUCCAAUUGAACGGAAACCGCAAAGUGGAAGGAGUCCUCCGUGGUUAUGACCAGUUUAUGAAUAUCGUGUUGGAAGAUUGCGUCGAGAAACUGGGGCCUAUGAACGACAAGGAAAUUGGCACUGUGGUUGUUCGAGGGAAUAGCGUAUUUAUUCUUGAAGUUCUAGAAAGAGCAACGUGACCCCUACCAUUCCCAGAAUAUAUAUAUAUAUACUGGUCUUUCUA